AUGGGCACCAACAAUCGGUGCGAUGUUUCGGGGCUUGCUGCUCAGUGGGAGAAAAUCGAGUCGGUUCGUGAGAGAGUGCGUGGGGGAGGCUUCGCGGUGGAACCUGUAAAUCCCGAUGGCAGUUUGGAUGCUUCCAACAAGUUGGCCAUCAAGAAUAUUGAUGUUUUGAUCAUGAUCUUGGUACGUAUGGCUGACACAAAGGUUUUGAAGGUUCCCGACAUCGAACCUCUUCGGACCUCUGUUGGGGAGCUGUAUGCUCUUAUGAACCGAGAAGUCGAUGCAGCUCGGAUCGACGAUGAUGCCUGGGCUUUGCGGCAUUUGGCCGGCUUUGUUAAGCGCAAGGCCCAAAAGAGCUUGGUGAGCCUGGACCCUGAUUUUCAAGACAUGUGUUUGGUCUUGAGACCCGAGCUCCAGGAGCUGGUGGAUGAAAUCCGUGCUCGGGGAGAGGAUGCUCUUCCCAUGACGGCUGAAGAGGCACAGGAGCUGACCUUUAACGAGGACACUGGUGCUGGGGUGGGGCCAAUUACUGCCCCGGAGUCGUCCGAUGCGUCCCCUGCAAGCCCACCUGCUGCGAUCGUGGCUACCACCAGUGAGCCCUCCACGAUUGCACCGCCCCCUGUAGCGACGACGAUUGCACCGGUUGCACCCGCACCUGUGGCGACGACGAUUGCACCGAUUGCACCCGCACCCGUGACUGUGGCGACGACGAUUGCACCGAUUGCACCCGCACCUGUGGCGACGACGGUUGCAAACCCCGACCCGACGACGGUUGCACCGGCACCUGUGGCGACGACGGUUGCGCCCGCCCCUGUGGUAGCUACAAAUCCCGUGAUGCCGACCACUCCGGCUGAACCUACCGAACCAGCUGCAAGUAAUCCCCCAGACCGCAAGUUCCAGCUGAACAUGCUUCGGGAGCAGCUGAAUCAGAUUCUUGGCAGGGAUUCGCUUGAAGAGGAGGACUAUCGAUCCUACCAGUCCUGCUCCAGAGCCGCUUCCAAGCCCCACCAGCGCUGCCGGGUCAGCUUCGCCGGAGUUGGUCGAUCGGAGUCGGCUGAGGAGCUCGUGACCCCACCUCCGAAAGUUGCGAGAGCAUCAACAAACCCUGACACUUGUGAGACUCAGCAGAUGGACAUCUCGAUGCUGGAAACCCCGGACUUCAACAAACCGGAACGACAGCCGAGCACAGAUGCUGUUGAUGUCAAGCGGUGGAAGUAUCAGCAUCCGAAUGAGGCUGUUCCGCCGGAGAUUAAGGAGGCUGAUGCACCGGCACCAACUUUGAGCCCACCUGAGCCCGAGCCUUCGCAGCUGCCGCCUCAGGAGGUGUUUGGCCGCCGCCAGCAGAUGGGUCUCAGGAAAUCCAUCAAAGAGAGGAAGAAGAACAAGAAGAACGCGGUGGCCGAGGAUGAUGCGGAGGAGGACUGUGCUCCGAAGAGGGUUCGCCGCAAAGGCAGCAAGUCAAAGCUGAAGAGCCGCGCACGUGGCUUGAAGAAGCUGAAGAGCAUGAAGGCCUCGAAAGUGGCGCUGGAGGAAGAGGAAGAAGAGGAGCAGGAACAGGAGGAAAAGGUCGAGACUGUCGCGAGCUGGAGGGAUGCUCCAGAGGUUCGCGCAAGGGUCAAGACAUCGGUGCCAUUGCCGAAGUGCAAGGCGGCGGCCAAGAAGGGCAAGCGAGCCGAGAAGAGUGAUUUCGAUGCCCACCUCGACGAGUUGGCCAAGGAAGAGCCGACCUCGAAAGCUUCGAAGGGAAAAGGGAAAGGCAAGAGAUCCAAGAAGGACGACCAGGCCGAGGAUGGUGCCAAGAAGCCAUCGGGGAAGGCCAAGAAAGCCAAUAAGGAUGCCGGCGAGGAGCCUGCUCCGGGGAAAGCCAAGAAGGCCAAUAAGGAUGCCGGCGAGGAGCCUGCUCCGGGGAAAGCCAAGAAGGCCAAGAAGGAUGCCGGCGAGGAGCCUGCAUCGGGGAGGGCCAAGAAGGCCAAGAAGGAUGCCGGCGAGGAGCCUGCGUCGGGGAGAGCCAAGAAGGCCACGAAGGAUGCCGGCGAGGAGCCUGCGUCGGGGAGUGCCAAGAAAUCCAAGAUUGAUGCCGGCAACAAAGCGAAGGUCACGGGGCAUGCCGAUGAUGAGACGAAAUCCAGGCGGCCUACGAAGAAGGACAUCGAACAGGCCACAUCCGACAAAGACGACGUCGAGUACAUGCUUGAGUAUGCUACAUCGUUCUCAAACACGAACGACAUGGCCAAGCUCAAGAAGGAGGUGCGCAAUUGGCUGCCAGCAUGGACUUUCGUGUACCCGGACAUCUACUGGACCACGGGCCAGUGCGGCUUGAUCCUUUUGUGGAGUGACAAGGGUGGCAAGAGACGAAAGACCACGGUGGGCUCCUUCUCCUUCGGUGGGAAGCCUACCCAGCUCCUUGUGGCGAUCUCUUGCAGCCUCUUGCUGGUGUCUUGUUUCGAUUGGUUUCACGCUUGGUAUAUGGAGGACCAGAACAUGUACCAGGCUGGAUCCAAGGAGCUCUUUUCGAAGGCUUGCUCGCUCAAGGCGUCAGCUCGCCUUGCUUUGAUGCAGUUGGGUCACAACAUGGAUGCCUCGGCCGAAGAUCUCCCACGCGAGGCGGGCCCGCAAAAGAAUCGCGAAGAGGAGUUCGUGAAGAUCGUGCUGCUUGUGAUUUGGUCCGAGGGCAGCCUUUACAACCUUGCCCAGGCAAGGAACUAUCCGGUGAAGUUCGCUCGUGCUGUGGCUGGAAUAUUCGGUGACUUGAAAGCUCUGGAAGCCCUGGACGCAGCCCCUUCGCCAGCUCCGCCGCAGCCGCUACCGCCCCAGCCGGACACCGUUCCGGAAGCCAGUGAAGCAGCCGAGCCAUCCGAGCAGGAAGAGGAUCUCGAAAGGCCUGCCAAGAGACAGCGACGGCCGAAAACCCGACGCGAACUUCUUCAAGCUGCUGCCAGAGCCCGCCUUUAUCGAAUGGUUCGGCCCAAGAAGAAGCGAACCGACCUCGCGGCACCGAAGUACGUUUCCGACCGCUGGAACUCCGGCACCACGGCCAGGGAUGAAAUGACGGAUUUGCUCAUCCAUUUGAAUGGGGACAAGGACAGUUAUCUUGAAGCCAUGCGUCAGGACAAGUUCUUUGCCGAGCUCCUUCUCAUCGUGAAGCGGGUGAAACGCUUUGAGACCAAGAAGGACGAAGGCUGGUAUUCCGAAGGAGAGAUGAAGACAGAGCUGGGCUGGUCUCCGCCUGCUGCUGCGCCCUUGGAGCUGGAUGCUGACAAGGAGUUUGGCGACUUGUCGGCGGCCAUGAAACGCUCCACCGCAACCUCGGCGCCCCAGCAGGCCAAUGGCAGGUCCGUUACCACCAUCGAGGGCCAUCUGACAAGCAUGGGGAAGGAGUAUGAGCUGAUCAACGAUCAACUUGCGAAGGGAGAGGCCGAAGGCUACAGUGAUGGGCUAGGACCUCAAUUACGUCCUGGACCCGCGCUGCGGCAGUGGGCGCGAGCCGUCGGUGAUGGAGUCUGCGCCCUGGAAAGCAGCCUUUUGGCCCCGUGUGUCACCGCCGUGCGCUCGGCACGGGCGGUGGUCGAGGAAGUGCCGGCAGCCGAACAUACUUCAAUCGGCCGCAUUGCUCGUCUAGCUGAGAAUGAUUCGGAAGAUGCAUUUCAUCGAUUGGCCAGGGAUGUUGGCUUGGCACUACCGGUUCAAACGAGCCAUUUGACACUCUCCUUUGACAGUGUCCCUGCUUUGCUUCCCUCGGCCUGGCUGAAAUUUAUCUUGGCUAACAAUCUGUUCUUCAGUCUGAGUGGGCUCACAGAGCCGGAUCACCAACGGUCCGCCGGCCAAUGGGGCUGUUUCUGGGAGCGCUACAAAGCAUUGUUUCCAAACCACGACAUUUUUGCUACCAAAAGUGCCGAGCAGCUGACAAGAACCUGCGCUCUUGUGUUACACGGAGACGAAGGCCGAAGUAAGAAAAAACUGCCAUUGAUGAUUAUCAGUUGCCGAAGUGUGCUCGGCAAGGGCUCCCAUGUAACAAGUCGCGGUCUACAUACUACUGAAGAAUUCCUGAAGCAAGAGCUCAACAUGCUGGGACAUACGUGGGCAACAAGGUUUCUUUUGGCUACCAUGCCCCGUGCUCUGUAUGACGACGACAAAACCUGUCAGCUCGAGGAACUCUUCAGUCACAUCGUUGCUGAUCUCCGGGCUUUGUUUCGGGAUGGCAUGACGUGCCCGUUGACCGGCGAGACAUAUUACAUGGCGGUGAUCAACAUCAUUGGGGAUUGGCCUUUUCUGGCCAAGGCUUUUAAUUGGUCACGUACCUUCGGGAACAGUGCAAAGGCUGAAACAUCGAAGAAGGACUUCGAAAGCCCAGAGCCGAGGUGGCGCCAGACUUUGAACCAAGUGCCACCAUACCCGCAACCUCCUGCCCUCAUGAAAAGUCUUCAUUUCUUCAGCGUUGGCUUUGUUGUCAUACGAAUUCCCCGGCAGAUCCUUUCCUGCCAGAUUCGAGAGCAUGGCACCGAGCGGCGGGUGGCACAAGGGGUCGACGACUUUGCUAUGGCCAGAGCAGAGCUCCCAUCCCCGGAUGCCCAGUGGGCACGGGUGGAGAAACCAGAACCAAAGGCCGUUCUGGAGCGGCUAUCUGUAUUUGGCGCACCCGACGAUGACAAGGACCAGCUGCUUCGCCGCAUGGCCGAGUGCAACCUCAUCUUCAGCGAUGAGGAGGCAGCUGAGAGGAGGCAGAGUGCCGUUCCCAUGGAGACGGAGGAGGCUCCUCCUCCUGCUGCGCAAACUGCCUCUGUGCCGCUGAACACCCGAAGCAUCGGCGAUCUCAAGAAGCUCGCCAAAGAGCUCGGCAUCUCUUUGAACGGUUGCCUCGAGAAGGACGACAUCGUUCAGCGCAUCCAGUCAUCCCCGGCUUAUCGGGGCUGA